AUGUCAGUCUGUCGGCAUACUCAGACGCUCCAGUUACGCCCAAAGACGUCGACUCUUGGAGAAUCAGUGAAGCAAGACACCGUCCCGAAGCGUGGAGUCCUGCCUCCAUUCAUGCGAGACUUUGUCAUACCCAAUGGCCCUAAUGCCGAGUUAGCGGACUGCGAAUGUGUUUGUGUUCGUCUGUGUCCAAAUCUCGGCGCCUGCAGACGGUGUGGCCAUCCUUUGCGUAACUGCUGUACCUCAGUCCUGAUCUUUCUGCUGCUGCAAUGA